CCGCCCUGUGCUGGGGCCGCUGCCCUGGGCUCGGGAAGUCCCGCUCGGCCAGAAUUUGCAAGGUCUCGAAAUUGCAACACAGCAGUACAUGGGCAGUGGUUUCAUUUUUUUCCAAAUCACAAGAAGUUUGUUCAGAAAAGGAGAUGUUGGAUUAUCUGCCAGUAAGAGCACUAAGGAAAUUCUGGUGAAAGGAAACAUUGAACUUGCUGAGCUUUCUGAAGACACCUGCAAAAAUUAAAGCAUUUUGAUUAUCAUGGAGAAUUACAAUGUACUAAUGGUACUUGGGGAAGGAUCAUUUGGUAGAGUCCUUUUAGUCCAGCAUAAAAGUACAAGCCAGAAAUAUGCAAUGAAAGAGAUAAGACUUCCCAAGUCUGUCUUCAAUAUAGAAAAAUCCUGGAAUGAAUCUAUUAUAUUGGCUAAAAUGAAACAUCCAAAUAUUGUGACGUAUGCAGAAUCCUUUGAAGCUGAUGGACAUUUGCAUAUCGUGAUGGAAUAUUGUGAUGAUGGAGAUCUCAUUCAAAAGAUUAAAUUUCAGAAGGGGAAAUUGUUUCCUGAAGAUAUGAUACUUAAGUGGUUUGCACAGAUGUGUUUGGGUGUAAAAUAUAUUCAUGAGAAACGUAUAUUGCACAGAGACAUCAAAUCAAAGAAUAUAUUUCUCACACAAAAUGGGAAAAUAAAACUGGGAGACUUUGGAUCUGCAGUUCUUCUUAACAGCCCCAUGGCAUAUGCUUGUUCAUAUGUAGGAACCCCUUAUUAUGUGCCUCCAGAAAUUUGGGAGAAUAUGCCAUACAACAAUAAAAGUGAUAUUUGGUCUCUGGGAUGUGUUUUAUAUGAGCUGUGCACCCUAAAACAUCCAUUUCAGGCUAACAGUUGGAAACAUCUUAUACUUAAAAUAUGUAAAGGAUACUACAAUCCACUUCCAUCACAUUAUAAUUUUGAACUUCACUAUUUGAUAAAGCAGAUGUUCAAGAAGAAUCCCAAGUACCGUCCAUCAGCUAGUACAAUUCUUGCAAGAAAGUGCCUGGCAAAACAUACUGGAAAAUGUUCAUUACCAGAGGAGGAUGGAACAUAUGCAGGAAGCAAGAAUAGCUGUUCAGAAACAGAAGCCAUCUCCAAGAACUUCAGUGAAAUGGGACUGGAUCAAACAAAACCUUCUAGACAAAAGUGGGAAAAAGGAAGAUCCAGCACAGUGAUCAAAAUUUUAGGAAAUGCACCUUUACUUUCUUCUAGUAUUGCAACCAAGGAGGACACAGGUAGCCAUGUGAGAAAAUAUGAUGAAAACGUGACGCGUAAACAAUGGAACAAGGAGCCUUCACAGACUUUGAUUAAUAUUCUUCACAGUGCUGAUGUUAGCUUAGCUUUUAAGACAUACACAAUCCACAAAGGAGCCUCUGAUGACCUACUGAGUGGACCACUUACAGGAGAGAACAAAGCAUCUGAUGAACCAGAUGGUGAAACUUUUAUGGAGGAUGCAGAGAGACUUGAACCUAGAUCAGAUGAAGAGGAUACGGAUUUUGAAGCAGAAGAUGAUCCAGAUUGGAUUUCUGAACUGCAGAAGAUGUCAAAACCAAUGGAAGUAAAGGAAGGAGUACCAACAAAUAAUCCAAUAUCAACACAAAAAUAUUGAUGAAUGAUUUCAGAGACUAGCAGAAACACACUUAUUGACACAUAAUGAUUCCGAAUGUAUUUCUUUGAGGAAACAAAUUUAAUUUGGGUUGGGUUUUUUGAUGCAAAAAAGGCAUAGCAAUUACAUUCCUCUUAAAGGUACUAAAAUACGCAUUUCUUAUACAAAAUUCUUUACUCGAUAUAGAAAUAUCUCAAAAUCAGAGAUAUGUCAGAAUCAGAAAUACACUGUAUUAGAGGGCAGUCAAGGAUUAGCAGAGUCUUGACACAGAGUCUGACACAGAGAGCAAGGUAUGGCUUUUGUGUUUUCCCUCUCUGGCAUUUCAUAUUCCUAGACAUUUGGGAGUGCUGGCCUUGAAACUUAAGGUGCCCAGGCUUCAGGAAGAUUGAGUCUGGAUUUCAGAAUAUGGCAAAAUCUAGAUAGAUAUAUCUUUUUAUUUGAUUUUGUGUUUGGUCAUAGUUAAUAAACUUGUUUAUUUCAAUUUUUCCUAAAUUCCAAGAGGGUAUCUUCUGGAACCAUGUCUUUCAUCAGUAUGACUUCAGGGUUAUUCUUCAGUCAUAUAAGCUUAAUUCACUGAAUGCAGUUAGGGAGAUGGGGCGCAGGGAGCCCUAUUUAUCCUAGACAGGAAACCCCAGGAACCUGGCCAGUUGAUCUCCAGCAGGAUAGGUGUUGGCACCAUAACCACCAAACACACAACCCUGCCAUUACAGUGGUGUCCAAACAGGAUUUUCGCAAAGGAGCCAAGCUACAGCUCUGUGGCCUGCUUGUUUGUUUGUGUGUUUGUUUAUUUCAAACAUUUAUGUGG